AUGGACCCGCGCAAUGCCUGCAUGGAGCCUUACUCCGGGGCACACACCCACGAGGCACCCCCUAGUCCCCUUGGGAGCCCCCCCAACCGGGCAUCGGGUCUGGCCCUUGGACUCCUGCUCCUGAGCCCGCACGCCGCGGGCAGCUGCUCCAAGUACCAAGAUCUGCUCCGGCAGCUGCAGAGCCAGGCAGCGCUGCUGCAGGACCACAGCAUGCUGCUGGGCCCCUACAUGCACCUUCAAGGCUUGCACAAGUCCAUCCUGCGGGAUCACUGCCGGGAGCAGCCCGGAGCCUUCCCCAGCGAGGACGCCCUGCGGGCGCUCAGCCGCCCGGCCUUCCUGCGCGCCGUCCGGGCCGGGCUGGACCAGGUGCUGCACAGACUCACCCCGGUCCUGAAGACCUUCCCUAAGCAGCUCCCGGAAGUGAGGGACAUGGCCAAGGCCUUGAUGUACAUCCGAGGCUUCCAGAACAAUGUCCACUGCAUGGCGCAGCUGCUGCCUGACGCCUCCGCGCCGGCCGAGCCCCCCCAGGAGGGCCCGGGGGCCUUGCCCACCCCUUCCUCCAACGCUUUUCAGCGCAAGCUGGAGGGCUGCCGGCUCCUGAGAGGCCACCACCGCUUUAUCCACUCAGUCGGGCGGGUGUUCGGGGAGUGGGGGGCGCACCCCAGCCGGAGCCGGAGACACAGUGCCCCCCUGGACCUCUGGAAGCAAGCCUGGAGGAUGAGAGCCUCCAGGCGCGGCAAGAAACUCGUGUCCAGGGACCGGUAG